AUGCGCCCCCCGCCCGCGCUGGCCCUGGCUGCGCUCUGCCUGCUGGCGCUGCCCGCCGCCGCCGCCGCCGCCUACUUCGGCCUGACUGGACGGGAGGUCCUGACGCCGUUUCCCGGGCUGGGCACCGCGGUGGCCCCAGCUCAGGGGGGGGCCCACCUGAAGCAGUGUGACCUGCUGAAGCUGUCCCGCCGGCAGAAGCAGCUCUGUCGGCGGGAACCUGGCCUGGCUGAGACCCUGCAGGAUGCUGCCCACCUCAGCCUGCUCGAGUGCCAGUUCCAGUUUAGGCACGAGCGCUGGAAUUGCAGCCUGGAGGGGAGGACAGGCCUGCUCAAGAGAGGUUUCAAGGAGACGGCCUUCCUGUACUCGGUGUCCUCGGCCGCCCUCACCCACACUCUGGCGCGGGCCUGCAGCGCCGGGCGCAUGGAGCGCUGCACCUGCGACGACUCUCCGGGCCUGGAGAGCAGGCAGGCCUGGCAGUGGGGCGUGUGCGGCGACAACCUCAAGUACAGCACCAAGUUCCUGAGCAACUUCCUGGGGCCCAAGAGAGGAAGCAAAGACCUGCGGGCACGGGCAGACGCCCACAACACCAACGUGGGCAUCAAGGCCGUCAAGAGUGGCCUCAGGACCACGUGUAAGUGCCACGGCGUGUCGGGCUCCUGCGCCGUGCGCACCUGCUGGAAGCAGCUCUCCCCGUUCCGAGAGACGGGCCAGGCGCUGAAGCUGCGCUACGACUCAGCGGUCAAGGUGUCCAGUGCCACCAACGAGGCCUUGGGCCGCCUGGAGCUGUGGGCACCUGCCAGGCUGGACGGUCCGACCAAGGGCCUGGCCCCCCGGCCCGGGGACCUGGUCUACAUGGAGGACUCGCCCAGCUUCUGCCGGCCCAGCAAGUACUCCCCUGGCACGGCGGGCAGAGUGUGCUCCCGGGAAGCCAGCUGCAGCAGCCUGUGCUGCGGGCGGGGCUAUGACACCCAGAGCCGCCUGGUGGCCUUCUCCUGCCACUGCCAGGUGCAGUGGUGCUGCUACGUGGAGUGCCAGCAGUGCGUGCAGGAGGAGCUCGUGUACACCUGCAAGCACUAG